AUGGCUUGCAACGUGGACACAGCCGUCACAACCUUUCGAAAAGGCCUUAUGGUAGAAUUUGACCUUUAUAAAGAGCUAACUAAAUAUCAUUGCAGAACAAUGGAGGAUGUUCUUGCCAAAGCACGGGCUCAAAUCAAAUGGGAGGAAUAUGAGUCUAACAGAUCCAGACCAUUUCAAGGUGGUGGAAGAGCUUCACCCCAACGAUCUCGUGAUUUUCAAGAGAGAGGACAAUCAUCCCAAAGGUUUAGAAACUACCAAGACAAAGCACCAAUUCUGGAGGAUACUCUAACUAUAGACCAUGUUAAAAUGGUUGCUGUGAUGAAAGGCAUGGAAAAUAAAGUCAAGUGGGCUAGAAAGAUUCAAAAGCCAGAAGCUCUGAAGGAUAUGACCAAAUGGUGUGAAUUUCAUAGCGAUCACGGAAACACCACAACUGAAUGUAUAGCACUCAAGUUUGAAGUUGCAGGACUCCUCCGCCGAGGACAACUACGCGAUUUCCUUUCUAAUAAAGGAGGAUUAGAAGUUGGUGGUAUUACAUAUUCGGUAGCUAAACGUCAUGCACGUGAACCAGUCAACAACCAAGGAAAGCCUAGAAAGCCAGAGACAGUCGCUGGACAGACCAUCAGCUUUGUCAACGAUGAAGCUACAGAUUUGCUCCACCCUCAUCAUGAUGAUUUAGUCAUUUCAUUAUAUAUUGCAAAUUGUUUCAUUAAACGUGUAUUGAUCGAUAAUGGAAGUUCUGCUAACAUUUUAUUUCUCAAUGUUCUCAGGGACAUGAAAGUUGAUGAGUCAACAAUCAUCGGAAAAUAUACAGUCCUUAUCGGGUUCAGUGGUGAGCAGAAGCACUCAAUUGGAGAGAUCAACUUGCAUGUUUGGGCAGAAGGAGUAAACCUCCAUACCAAGUUCAUUAUUGUUGACUGCCCUUCUUCAUACAAUGCCAUCCUUGGCCAACCAUGGAUCCAUGAGAUGGAAGUUGUGCCAUCCACAUACCACCAAGUGAUCAAAUUUUCAACACCAUGGGGAUUAAAGCAGAUAUUGCGGGCACAAAAAAGAGCACGAGACUAUCAUUAG